AUGGCUGCAUCCACCAUGUCCAUCUGCUCCAGCGCUUGCACCGACUCUUGGCGGGUAGACGACUGCCCAGAGAGCUACUAUGAGCCCCCCUGCUGCUAUGAGCCCCCCUGCUGCACCCCCAGCUGCUGCGCCCCGGCCCCCUGUCCGACCCUGGUCUGCACCCCAGUGAGCUGUGUGUCCAGUCCCUGCUGCCAGGCAGCCUGUGAGCCCAACCCCUGCCAAUCAGGCUGCACCAGCUCCUGCACACCCUCAUGCUACCAGCAGUCUAGCUGCCAGCCGGAUUGCUGCACCUCCUCCCCCUGCCAGCAGGCCUGCUGUGUGCCUGUCUGCUGCAAGCCCGUCUGCUGCGUGCCCAUCUGUAACAAGCCUGCCUGCUGUGUGCCUGUCUGCUCCAAGUCCGUCUGCUAUGUGCCUGUGUGCUCUGGGGCUUCCACUUCAUGCUGCCAGCAGUCUAGCUGCCAGCCUGCUAGCUGCACCACCUCCUGCUGCAGACCCUCCUCCUCUGUGUCCCUCCUCUGCCGCCCCGUGUGCAGGUCCACCUGCUGCGUGCCCAUCCCCUCCUGCGGUGCCUCUGCCUCCUCCUGCCAGCCCAGCUGCACAGCCUCCUGUGUUUCCCUCCUCUGCCGCCCCGUGUGCUCCCGCCCCGCCUGCUACAGCCUCUGCUCUGGCCAGAAGUCCAGCUGCUGA